AUGAUGAUGAUGAUGAUGAUGAUGAUGAUGAUGAUGAUGAUGAUGAUGGUGAUGAUGAUGAUGAUGAUGAUGAUGAUGAUGCUGAUGAUGGUAAAGGUGAUUGAGAUGCUGAUGGUUAUGGUGAUGGCCAUCGACAUCGUCAACAUCAGGGCGCGGUGACGGAUUUUUGCCAUGACUGAGUAUGCAGUGGUGAACUAUUUCUUGAGCAUGGCAUUCGGCAUGAACCCGCCGCAGUCGGCUCUGGGUAUGCGGCACAAGCACGUGCGUGCCAAGUGGAGGCUGACGCAGGUGAUGCUGAUGCGACAGGAUGACUAUGGACGCCCGAGGGGCGCAGUGGACUCAUGAAUCGCCUCGCGACCUUCCGCGACGGCCGCCUCAAUGCCCUUGUGGAGGGGGUGCUGGGGACCACGAGGACGCUUUCGCGCGAGAUGCUUGGAGACUUCCCACGACAAAGAAGUGACGAUAGCGACAGCGACUGUCUACUGGACACCUCGUGGUACGAGGACGACAGCCCUCUUGACGACGACGAGCUGCUGGACUUCUUCGCCGCGGCGGACCGCAGUCUGAAGGAGUCACUGUCUUUCGAGGACAUUCUGUCGGUGGUGGACUUGCUGGCGUUUGAUGAGGUGGACGAGGGCGAGCUGCGGUUGCAGUUUGACCUGGCCGCGAGCUCUGGCAACGAGCUGAAGAAUAGCCACCACAAGGGGGAGCUGGACUUGGCACAGUUUAGGUGCUUCGUGUCCAAAGUCGUUUCGGGACUGAACGAGCGAGGGCGCUGGCCACACCCGCCCUCUCACUUGCACCCCUCCCUGGUGAUCUUCCGGCGGAGGGUCACCUGGCGGCUGGACGAAGAGCCGACCAUGGUGGAUGCUUGGAUGCGGAGGGUCAUGCUCCCAGUACUGGUUCUGUGGAACCUUGCCUACGUGUGGGUGUGGCUGAGACCCUGUCGCGUGCGCCACCCGGAAGUGGCUCGUCGACUCGCGGUCCUACGCCGCGCAGGACGGCGGGAGCCGGAGCGCCUGGAGCUGACGAGCCCCGCCCCCACCGAAGAAGAAGACGAAGAAGAGAGCACUGCAUGGGGGCUCCCGAGAGGAGGAGUAGGAGGAAAGAGGAGGACGAGCACGUGCCCAACCCCCCCAGCGGAUUCAAGGGGGUGCCGAUCCAUGUCCCAUCCAGAGUAGGCAAGUCAGAGUGAGGGAGCCCGAGCCGUCUAUCUUCUUCCCGGCGCGCGCGUGGCUGCAUGGACGGCUGCGUCUCCAGGGGCGAUGCUUGGAGGCAGCGCCUGCGAGGGGCGGUACUUGGGGGCAGCGCACCGGGGGCGACACGCGAGGGCAGCUCCCGGGGCGGGAUGCUGGGGGGCAGUGCGCGGGGGCGGUGCUUGGAGGCAAGUCCUGGGGGCGAUGCUUGGGGGCAUACCCUGUCGAGCAGCAUCAAGUACAGUUCGUCGCGGCGGGGCUCCUAUGGCGGCCCUGCCCGGCCGUGCCGUCCCGCCCGGCCUGCGCCCCAGGCCCUUCUGUGCCGAUGGCUCGUCCUCUUCCCCUCCUCUGCCAGUUUUUUGUUUGCAUGCUGCCCCCAACCUUCCGGGUGGUGCCCGCCGAUGCGGUGGAGCUUUGGCUCGUGGCGGCACGGCUCUCUCGGACCCUCCCGUGGAGCUGCGGCCCUGCGCAUCUCGCGCGGUCGUCUCCCCCUCCCCCCCCAGCCUGCUUGUGCUCUCUCCGCUGCUGUGCGCCUCCUGCUCCUCCUGCUCUUCUUCCUCCUCCUCCUCCUCCUCC